AUAUUAAUUGGAAAUGAUUAAAAAAAAGGUUUAAGAAGAAAACCUAGCAUAUUGGCUUUAACUUAAUUAAUAACAGUAAUGUAUAGUUACCUACCAAUGGGACGAAUUAGAUAAUUAGGAUUUUCAAAACCAACCAUUCUACUUAUUGACUUACGUUAGUCUUUAUAGUGGAUUCCUGAUUGUACAGUUAGAAAUUAACAGAAUUUUUUCCUAGUAUAAAUAACAUGUUAGUAUUGCGCUAAGUGUACCACAACAAAAGUUCAUAAAAACAUAGAAAUUAAUUCGAAAUCGUUGAAGAGUAUAUAGCAAAGUUAUAAAUAAAUCAAGGAGAAAAUGGGUGGUAGUGAAGCUGGAGAUGAUUCAAAAGAUUCAAAGCCAAAGGGGAACAGAGGAAUUUCUUUUCUUGAUUUUAUUAUGAGAAUUGUUGCCAUUUUAGGUACCUUAGGAAGUGCAAUUGCCAUGGGAACAACUAAUGAAACCCUUCCCUCCUUCGAGCAGUUCAUUAGGUUUAAGGCUGAGUACAAGGACCUUCCUACUUUUACGUUCUUUGUGGUAGCUAAUGGCAUAGUUAGCGCGUACCUCGCUGUAUCUCUUGUCCUAUCCAUUUUGCACAUUGUGAUGAGUGGUGCAAGAAUAACAAGGGUAGUGUUGAUCUUCUUUGAUACGGUGAUGAUGGCAUUUUUAACAUCUGGAGCAUCAGCUGCGGCAGCCAUAGUGUAUUUGGCACACAAGGGAAAUGCUCGUGCUAAUUGGAUUGCUAUUUGCCAGCACUACAACUCUUUCUGCGAUCGUGCAUCUGGCUCUUUGGUUGGAUCCUUCAUUGGAGUUCUUGUGUUUUUGCUGCUCAUCAUAUUGUCAGCUCUGGCCCUUUGAAGAAACUGAUCAUCGAUCACUUCCUGCGUGAAGAAAGAACGCAUUUUAUCAUUUGAUAUUCCAAGAAUUUUUGAAUGAUUCUUGCCAUUUAUUCCUUCAAGCUGUUAUUAAAUCUGUUUGUUUUAGUGAUUCUUCCUCGUAAUCAAUAAAAUUGAUGUUGCAUUUGUUCUGUUA